AUGCGAACCUUUUAUACACCAGUCUCAAUAAUCGAGUCUCUUUCGCAGUCUCAAGGCGACUCCCCAGCCAUAAGACACGUGAACUCCGAAUCUAUUAAUAAUGAAUUUGAAACAAUUUCCUAUGCGACGCAUUGGCAGAACAUCAAUAUUGCUGCAAAGAAUUGGGUCGCAGAACUAUCGCAAGCAGGCAUUACAAGAGGCGCUGUAGUCGGGCUUUGGAUAAGGGGGUGGUCUUAUGAGGACUUGUUGCAUUAUCUCUCGCUUCAAAGGGCUGGAUUUAUUCCUCAACUGUUCUCCAUUCGAAUGACGGACCCUUCUAUUGUCUAUGAACUUCUUGGCAACUGCAAUGCAGCAGCUCUGUUACACGACCCAAUUUGUGAGCCCUUGGUGAAAGGAUGUACUGUCCCAACAUUCUCUACUGGUACGGUUCUGGGAAAACAGUACCAUGAUGACGUGCAACUCAGCACAACCACAUCUACCAAUGGCGAUAAAGUCUUGGUCAUCUUUCAUACAUCAGGAUCAACUUCUGGGAUGCCUAAACUGGUUCCACAGACAGUACGAUGGAUGGAUUGCUUGAUUCGAAAACAUGGACACGUCAACAAUAGACCAGUCUCUGUUGCGUCUUUCAUGGGCUCGCAUACUCAUCUGGGCAACACGAUCAAUCUUGCAGGAAUCUUAGCGUGCGGAGGUUGCUUGAUUCCACCCACCAGCAUUCCUUAUCCGACUUCUGAGCUUGAACAUAUGAUCUCCAAGGGAGGUUUAACAAUAUUAAACACCUUUCCUGCCCUUCUAUCAGGGAUGUUCAAUGAGGCACGUCAGAGCGGCCCUUUCCUUGGACUGCUUCAAAGCCUCGACAAGAUCAACUUUGCCGGCCAAGUCCUUGAACCAAGAGAUGAAGCUUGGGCCCGCCAGAAUGGGCUGAAGCUGAUAAAUCUUUAUGGUUCUACAGAACUUGGGCUGUCAAUGAUUUCCUCGUCGACAUCACCGCAUUUAUCGCCAUUGCCUGAGUCAGGAUGCCAGUUCAUCCCUUUGAGUGAAUCCACAUCAUCACCGCAGCUCUUCGAACUUCUUGUUCCAGCAGAGGCAGACGACUGUCCCCACCCUUCUCUUAGGAAUAAGGAUGACGGCAUGUUCCAUACUGGUGACAUUUUUGAACAAGUUGAUGCCAAUCAGUAUGUCUACAAAGGUAGGAUUGACGACAGGAUCAAGAUGCAGCUCGCUUUGGUCUGCGACGCGGGUUCUCUCGAGUUAGAAGCGAUGCAAGAAUGCGAGUCUGGUCUUAUCAGCGCUGUCUCUGUCAUCGGUUAUGGACGCCCAUCGCCAGCUAUGGUGGUCGAGGCAAAGAAUGAUGACAUUUUACAGGCGGGUGACGAUAGGUUAUUGGCGUUCAAGCAGCAGAUCGUCCAGCGGAUUGCACCUUUCCAUCAAAGAAAGUACAUUCAUGAGCGGAUUGACGAUGUGCGUCUUAUUUUCGUCGCGGCGAAGGGGACUUUGCCAAGAACUGCAAAGGGGAACAUUAUGAGAAAGGCGGUGGAAGACAUGUUCGCGAUGGAACUCGAUCAGACCUACGAUGCUGUUUACAUGUCCAAGGCUAAAUAG